AUGGCUCAGCUCCCCGAAUCCAAAACAGCAACUGACCCUGGAGAGGUUGAAAAAAGCCAGCCUUACGAUGGCCACGGCACUGAGGAAGAUCCUUUCGUGGUCGAGUUCCAAAGCGACGAUCCCGAAAAUCCGAUGAAUUGGUCUCAGCUCCGAAAGUGGUUUGUCACGACCAUUGUGACAUUGUCUGUCUUUGCCGUCACGCUCACGUCUUCGGCCUACUCUGUGUCUGCCAACGAAGUCUUUCAAGAUUUCGAUAUUGGUAACGAGGUUUUUAUUCUCGGUCUGUCCUUGUUUGUGCUUGGCUUUGCAAUCGGUCCUGCUGUUUGGGGUCCCUUGGUAAGAAUGUUUCCUGCUUGGUUAAGGUACCUUUUUGAUCAUGAGCUAACAAUAUACCUUUUCUUAGUUGCUAUCAGAUCCGAGCUCUACGGAAGACGAAUUCUCUGGAUAAUAUCACAUGUCGCCAUGGUGGCUUUCUUAGGGGGUUCGGCCGGCAGCCAAAACGUUGCAACGCUCCUCGUCUUACGACUAUUCGCAGGCACGUUCGGCGGGUCACCGCUAGUCAAUUCUGGCGGUGCUAUCGCGGAUCUGUUCCCUCCUGCUCAAAGAGGACUUGCCAUGACGAUUUACUGUGUCGCGCCUUUUCUCGGUCCUGUCCUGGGCCCUGUCAUUGGCGGGUUUGUUUCUGAAAACAUCGGGUGGAGAUGGGUCCAGGGGGUUUGCUGUAUUUUUAUAGGGGUGAUAGGUAUUCUCGGCACCGUCUUUGUUCCUGAGACCUAUGGACCCGUGCUGCUAACCAGGAAAGCCAGCAGCCUUUCAAUGGCCGAUGGAAUGGUUUAUAUCAGUGUUCUUGAAAAGGGCCAGGGCAAAAAGAAGCCAUCCGAAGUCUUUCAGCGAGCCCUGGUGCGGCCUUGGGUUUUGCUCUUUCGAGAACCCAUUGUCCUGGUAGCCUCGCUCUAUAUGGCCAUUAUUUAUGGAACGGUCUACAUGUUUAUGGGCGCUAUGCCUAUUGUCUAUAAUGAAGGCCGCGGAUGGAGCGAGGGUAUUGGGGGCCUCUCCUUCAUGGGAAUCACUGUUGGAAUCAUCCUGGGGGUGGUGUAUGCCAUCUAUGACAACAACGGACGGUACAUGAAGCUGUCUCGGUCCAAGACAGCAACGGCGGAAUCUCGUUUGCCUCCAGCCAUUGUAGGUGGUGUAGCCUUGCCGGUUGGCAUGUUCGCCUUUGCAUGGACGAAUUACCCUAGCAUCCACUGGUCUGUCAGCAUUGUCCUCUCGGCGCCCUUUGGGUUUGGCUGCGUGCUUGUCAUCCUGCCUGUAAUCAACUACCUGAUUGAUUCGUACACCAUAUAUGCCGCCUCGGUUCUGGCCGCGGCCGCCAUCUUCCGCUCCAUCGUCGGUGCCGUGUUUCCCCUGUUCACUACCCAGAUGUAUGACAAACUGGGGAUUCAUUGGGCAAGCUCAAUCCCGGCGUUUUUGACACUGGUCUGCAUGCCUUUUCCUCUGGUGAUGUAUCGGUACGGUGCGGCGCUUAGGGUGAAGUGCAAGUAUGCAUUCGAGGCGGCCGAGAUGAUGCGAAAGAUGCAACAAGCGCGAGUGUCGGCGGAGCAGGGAUAUGAAUCGGAGUGA